AUGAAACACUUGCUGUGUUGGAUUCUGUGCUCGGCGCUGUGGGUGCGCUCAGUCUCCGCCGGUGCGCUCGGCGGGAGGAGGCGCAGAGCCGAUAAAGGACCGUAUCCGCUCUACAUGAUGCACCUUUACCGGACUUUACUCGCCGGAGACGGAAAGAAAUUAGCAGGGACGUCUAGCGUGGGGAUCGGAUAUGAACAUCCAUCUCUGCACGACUCCGACUCGGUGCUAAGCCUCGUCGCCAAAAGCUGCUACCAGACGGGUGACAAGUGGGCCGUCACGUUUGACAUGUCGUCCAUCUCGGCAAGCGACGACGUGCAGCGCUCAGAGCUUCGCCUGCGCCUCCAGGAGUUCUCGGCCUCUGAGAGCCCCGUGGUGGACAUCUAUCACGCUCCCAGAGGUUCCGAGGAGCGUCUUCACUUGGGUCGCAUUGACGUCGCAUUGAGCACGUCUCCAUCCUCACACUCCCCUUGGACAGUCCUCAACAUCACCCAGCUGCUAAAGUACUGGCUGCACCAGGGGGGUCUGCCCCCCACACAGGCGCACUGGGAUGAAGGAGCACCCCAGAAUCUUGAGCAUUCUGUCCAGCAUCCAACAGCCAACAGCAUAAUGAUGGUUGUUUACGCCAAGCAGAUGAGGACUGAUGCGUCCACGCUGAUCCGAACAGCUGAGCUCUCCAAGUAUGUGGCUCAGGAUCAUCGGACGCCCAUUGAACCCGUGGGCCGAAGACACAAACGAAACCACCGGGCACAUAAGAGGGUGAGCGAGGCAGCGGGAGGCAGCGCAAUCCCAGCAAAAGUUGAGGGUGAAACGAAGACCCUGUGCAGGAAGGUGGACAUGUGGGUGGAUUUUGACCAGAUUGGUUGGAGUGAGUGGAUUAUUUAUCCGAAGAGAUACAAUGCAUACCGCUGCGAAGGUGGUUGCCCUACACCGGUGGACGAGUCAUUUACUCCAACAAACCACGCAUACAUGCAGAGCCUGUUGAAGCUGCACCAACCGGACCGUGUCCCAUGUCCAUCCUGUGUACCUACACGCCUGGCUCCACUCUCCAUGCUCUACUAUGAGAACGGGAAGAUGGUGAUGAGGCAUCAUGAAGGCAUGGUGGCAGAGGCAUGCGGCUGCCACUGA